GCGGCUCAGUCCGGUCGCCAUGAUUCCUGUGCAGAUGUUUUCAGAGCUCAGACUGAGGAGAUUUGACGCUAAGCUAACGGCCUGAAGCUCUGCACUUAAACCAGUUUCAAUGCACUUAUCGACGUUAUAGAGAGAUACCAGAGUCUCCAAGAUAACAUACAGUCUUGGGUUAUGGCGACCAAUGUCGGGGAUGAUGAGUUUGAUGAAUAUGAUAAGCCUGGUGCUGAAAGGUCAAGAAGACGGAGAGGAGAAGAUGACGACUUGGAAAGUGAUUUGGAGGAGGGAGACUUACUUGAAGAAGAUUGGCUGUCAUCAAAAAAGAACCCCUCAGAGAUGUCAGAUGAAGAGCUAAAUGAUGACCUCUUACAAAGUGAUGAAGAGGACCAAAACGCAAGUGGUCAGGGUGAGGUUGUGAGUUUAAAUGCCACACUGGGUCUGGGCACGUCGGGUCACCUUCAAGAUGAAGACCCUGAUGGAGGUGGAUAUACCGAAUACGCCUAUGAAGAGACAGAGGGCGGCCAACCGGGUUUCUCUCAGGGUGGGGAGUAUGAAGGAAAUGAGUACCAAGGAGAAGAUGGAAGGGUGGAAUACACAGGAGACCAGAACUGUGAAGAAUAUCAAGAUGAAGUGCUGGAACUACAGAUCGAUGAGCCACUGGAUGAUGACUUUCAAGUGGAUGAAUACCCGACUGAGUAUAGGGAAGAGCAGACUGACCGACAGGAAGUGCCUGAGGAGGAGGAGCAUAAAGAGGAAACUGAGGAGCAGGACAACUCUCAGGUCACAGAAUUAGAGGAGGUGGAGAAUGAAAACGAUCCAGAAGCUGAGGCCGAACCGGACGCCGAUGUGAAGGAGGAGUCUGAUGAGGAAGAGGAAGAUAUUGAAGAAUCUGGCCGUCUGCGAUUUAAGACCGAGCGCAAAGAUGACACAGUGGUCAGACUGUCUGAUGCCACCAGUAAAAGGAGGAACAUCCCAGACACAUUAGAGCUCUCUGAUGCAGCUAAAGCAGACCUGCGUGAGUUUGAGGAGAGGGAACGUCAGAGGAAGCAGGGCCGUUUUGGAGGACGCGGGAGAGGAGCAGAUGGAGGGAGGGGAGGAAUGGCAGGUAGAGGUGGGGUCAGGGGAAGGGGAGGAGCAGGAGGACGAGGAGCCGGUGGAAGAGGCGAUUUCCCUCUAUUUGGAAUGGGCGGUUUCCGUGGCGAUGGAGUUGGAAGUCGAGGGAGAAUAAAUGAGCAAAGGCCUCCGCUGAUGCAAGUGAACUUAGGAAUGCAGCAGCAGCUCAGAAUGACUCCUCCGCUUCAGCAUCACCACCAUCAGUCUCGUCUGCCUGGUCCGAGAGGCAGUGGAGGUCCCGGGCUAUUCCCGGAUCCGGGUACCCCAAUUCCUCAGCAGCCGCUGCAGCUGAUGAUGCCUCGUCUGGCCCACCAUUCCCCAGGGCCCAGAACACAACACGACACACACGUACCAUGCUUGUUGAACUCGCCGCCGCGUCACUCACGCGCACAUCCCAACCAACACCAGCAGCAUCAACAGUAUCACCCCAAGAAUAUUCACAUCAACCCUCACUUCAGAGGACCCUCCUCCUCACCUGUGCAAGUUCCCUCAAUGCCUCCUGUGCAGAACCAACCGAGGCCUAACAUCGCUCCACAGAGACUCCCGGCUCCUCCUGAUUUCCAGCAGCAUCUCCAAGGGAAUUUUGGCCCACCUCAACGGUCUCUGCCCCCCCAGGAUCAAUGGAGAGGACCACCACCACAUCAUCAGGAUCCAGAGCACUUCUUCCCUGGUGAACCACAUUUUUCAGGCCAGCACAUGUUUGACCAGCCAGGCCCUGCCCCCCUCAUGAAUAACAGUGUUCUUCCGAUAUCGGGCCACGGCCCUCCAUCUUUCUCCCCGCAAGGGGGGCUCGGAAGUCCUGGAUUUGGUUCUCUGGGGCUCAGGCAGAACCAAGGGCCUCAGGGAGGAGGUAUGUUCCAGAGAGAGCCCCCUCGGUUGGGUCUGGCCCCGCAGCAUGGAGGCCCCCCUGGUCCCUGUGGCUUUGUGGGUCACAGACAGCCCUUCUCGCCCCAACAGCAGGGACCCCCCUUUAGCCCCCAGCACGUGCAAUUUGGUAUGCAGGUACGCCAGAGAGGUCUAAUGCAGCAGCCCCUGCACCAUGAUCUGCCACUAUCCCAUCAACCCUUGCACCAGCAACAGCAGCACCAGCAACACAGACAGGACUUGCCCCCCCAGGGUCUGCCUCACUCCCAGCCUCCACCCCAACACCAACAGCACCACCAACACCACCCAAGGGACCAACAUCCCAUGGUGCACCUCUCCCAGCCCCACUUCCGCCAGUCGAUUCAAAGUGGAAACAGACAAAUGCAGUCCCGACCACAAGGCAACCAGCAGCGAAACAACCAUGCCAGACCCAAAAUGACGUUGCCUCCUCCACUGCAGCAGAUUCCUCCUCAACGCAACAGCAAUCUCCGUGAGCUGCCCAUUGCCACGAGCAACAAUAAUAACCGCCCGUCAGUGCCUAGUGGGCAAGCAAAGCCUGUUACCAGAGCAACACAGAAUGUUAGGCAAGGGCAGGCUGCUCGUGCUGGACCAGCAGGAAGGGGAGGAUCUGUGGCACAAGGGCUGGGAGCUGCCAAAGCACCAGAGCAGCCCAGUGUGCCUGAGAUGAAGAAAGAGUGUCCAGCUGCACAGUCAAGCACCACUCCAGAGGACCCAGAUGAAGAUGAGGAGACACGUCAGUACAGACUGAAGAUUGAGGAACAGAAGCGUCUGCGAGAGGAGAUCCUCAAGCGCAAAGAGCAGCGCAGGCAGAUGCAGGCUGGGAUGCGCAAAAAAGAACUGAUGGAACGGAUCAGUGGCCAGAACCCAAACCAGACUCCACAAACUCCGAUCCCCACACCCAACCCAACCCCAGCAGCCCAGCCCUCACAGCCGGUCCCUUCACUGAUCUCUAACGGAACCCCCCAGAACCCUUCGACAGGUCUUAGUUCCCCUCGUCCAACUGUGAAGGCCCGUCUGCAGAACACUAAACCUCUGGCACAGACUUCAGGCUGGUCUGGGCCGCAGAAGCAACAGAGCGCUGGUCCUGAUGCCAGCCAGCAGGGCCAAUGGCAACCGCAGCAGAAGAGGACCAUGACCCCACAAAACACUCAAAGACAAGGUGCUGCUCAGACCAGCCCAUUAGAAGAGCCAUUGGGUCAGCCUCAACCUGGAGGAAAGAGAACAGUGAUGCAAAGAGCGAGCAGCACCGAAUCGCCACAGGUUCCACAGAAAGUGCGGGUAGUUAAGCGUCUGGGAGAGCAGGCAGAUGCCGGUCCCAACACUGGUCCCCCACAGCAGCAGCAACAACAACCAAUUGGUCGGCCUGCCCCCCAACAGAGACUUGGUCCCAUCAGAAAAGUUACCAUGGCAACUGGUGGUGUACAAAAUCAACAACAGGCUGGCCGUGGCAUGGCAAACCAAACGAACCGGGUGGUAGUUCGGGGUCGGGCGCGAGGCCGUGGUGGGGGGCGUGUGAUGAUGCAGCAGAACCCAAGAGCUCAGGAUUGUCAGAGAAGCACUGUCUGCAUUGAAGGUUUAUCCACCACCACAACCAACAAACAGCUCACGAACCUUCUCAACUCCAUUGGCCCUGUUGAGAUGUUUACAAUGUUGCCGGAGCAGCGGAAGGCCAUUGCCAAGUUUGUGAACUCUCAGCAUGCAGCAAGUUUUCAGCACAGCUUUCACAGGCACAUGAUAGAUUUGUCUCACAUCGAUGUUUCCAUUAUCGAUGGCUGAGGAACAAGCCAGUUCAACAGACAAGACGACAAGAAGUGAGCAAGAAGAGAAUGUCUUUUUCUGAAAGACAGACACACAGUCAGGAGGCUAAAGCUUUGGAAGCUCUGUGGAGAGUGCUAUCGACAAGCUCAAGCCACAUGCAUGAAAGAAUCCAAAACAAAGAGCCAAACACCAGCUGUGUCCUGCUGGAUAUGGCACAGCACUGAACUCACAUUGUCAAUGACUUUGGCAUGAAGUCUUGCUCUUGUUUCUGUACUUUCAUUUAUAUGUGGAGGGAUCAGUAAUGGUCUGAAACCAGCAGGUGAAAAGAGAGAAAAAGGUAUGAAACCAGGACAUUUUUAUGCCAGUUGAUAAUAGUUGCUCCCAUCCUCUAGCUCUCUAGAUAAUCUUUUGGAUGUCUGUUUUUGGUCAAAUAGGAAUUCUUGAUUUAUUGUGGAAUUUCCACAGUCAGUGUGACUUGAACAAAGUGUUAAAGGGGUGGUUUGGCUGAUUGAAUAAUGUUGCGCAUGCUGCAGUAGGUUUUGUCACCUGUAGAGGGCAGCAGAUGUCUUCGGUAUGGAGCUCUGUAUGUUGGGGACAUCAGAGAGAAAAGCACUGCUUGUUAUGAAACUUCAGGGGCAUAUUUGGGUUGAGCUUUUUUCUAGUUGUGUAUCUUUUGGAAGCCACUGUGAUAAUGCAGGUGUCUCUUUUUUUGUGCAUUUGUCUACGACUAUUCAUGAUCUUAAGUUUAUUCAUUGUCCCUUUCUCCAUUAUGAUUGUAUUGCAGUUGGGUUUUGUUCUGCAGAGCUGGAGUGGUGGUUCACGACGCGUGUCUUUGGGACCUAAAGACAGCUGAAAAACUAUUUUGACAAUAAAUGGCUUUUAUAUUUUGAUUUUAGGUUUUGGUGCUGGAAUUGCAUAUUUAGAUUCUUUUAAUCGUUGUUAGAAAUGGCUUCUAAGAAAGUAGGAAAGGCAACCAGAGAGUCCCCUCCUUUGGUAAUACUCCUUUUUAAUGUGUUUAGUUUUCUUUCCUCAGAGUUCAGCACAUGUUGUGUGUGGAAGAGGACGACUGAAUCAUGGCCUGUGUGAUGAUUCGAUAGGAUUUUAUUGUAGGUUUUGAUGGAGCUCUGUUUGCUUACAUUAAGAUAGAGCACUAGAUGAGUUUGAACUGUCCUGUUUACAACAACAGCUUAGUUAUUUGUUUGUGAAGAGAGAUAUUUUGGACCGUUUAUAAUAAUAUGCUUAUAACUUUGGCUCCGUUAAUUGUUUUGAAGUUUGUCAGAUGGGAAUACAGGUUACUGAAUCUGAAUUGUGAGUUGUUAGGGAUAAGGAUUGGUCAAGAUCAGCUUCUAAUAUCCGUUAUCUCCAUUUUCCACUUGAUUUUUCCAUUUAUUUAGUAAGUUGUUACCCAAGCUUUAGAUUU